CAAAAACUGGCCAAUAGCUGAUUAUUUCACUACAUUGACUGAUUAUUGAAUAAGUUAACAAUCAGUGAGGCUGGCUGGUUGGCGUCUCAAGUAUGUAUCUAUAACUUGGUUAUCAAUUGGACUUGUACCCUUGGAACGGAGUGUUAUGACACUGGUUUAGGACAGAUUUAUCUACAAAUUAACGCUCUAACAUGAACUAAUUAAUCACGAGAAGUGCUUGAUUCAUAUUUAUGGUUAACAAAAGCAUCAAGGAAGAAAUCUACAACAUCUACAUGUAUUUGAUUUCAUGCUAAACAAAGUAGAAAUGAUGAAAAAAAAUGGUGUUGCUAAAUUCAUAGCAGAAUUGUAAUAAUAAAAAAUGAGUUGUGAAAGACAAUCAAAAUUGUGACUGUAUACAAAUUGUUUUAAUUGAUAGUUACUGAACAGGAAAUGAAGUUAAAAGCGUGAAAGUCAAGAUGACAAUGUGGAAAGAUAAUUUACAAAACAUACACGCGAACGAUGCUAAAGAAUUUCUGCUUGGCGGGACAUCGACAAUGGAUCAGGUCUUUCUGUCACACCAGUGUCCACGCAUUGAGUCGACAGAUUUUACAAUCGACGUCUGCAACAACAAGCUGGACAAGGUCUCAUCGCCAGCUAUUAGUGAGCCGCGGGAACCUUUUGAUUUUAGUACGGAUAAUAAGAAAACGAAUUGUUAUCAGGUGACGCUGUCGUCUUUUGUGUUAAUAGCCAUCAUCUGCUUUCUUCUUCUAUUAUGUCGAGAUUACAUCAAAGAUCUUCUAGUAUGGAUGGAAAACGUUGACCUCACGGUCAGCUUUUUGAUAUUUUUGGUUCUUUACACCAUAGUGUCGUACCCAAUGGCGUGGGGCGUGAUUCUGUUAAUGAUAGCAUGCGGAUAUUUAUACGGAUUAAUUUAUGGACCGAUAGUCGUGGAAGUUUGUAGUGCCGUAGGAGUAGCUAUAGCUCAUGUGACGAUGAAAAGAUUUUGCCGUAGUUUUAUAAUUAAGAAAUUUUAUAAUGACAAUAUGACAGCUGUGAUAUCUGUAG